AGAGCUGUCAAAUUAGACAAGUGUCAAAAAUAUCAUUACACUUUUUGUAAGCACAAAACAGCCGGAGUUGGAUUUAUUGCACAAUAUUACUUUAUAAGUCAUUCUUCGUUGCGACCACGUUGAGGGUCGGCAUGUAAACAAGGAACAGUAUUUGCCUCGUAUUAUUAGUGACAAAAAAUAACCUAUAAUGGCGUCUAAAUCAGAAAACGUUCGUGCAAGGAUCGUAAAGGCAUACGAAUUAGAUGAAAUUGAAAAGUUAAUCAAAGAUGCGAAAGUCGCACAUGUUAUGCUUACUGAGGCACCUCCACUGGUGGAUGAGGCAAGUGUAUUGACCCGCCUUAGUGCCCUCACUCUUCGAAGUUCAGAUGGUAUUAGUUGUUCCUGUUGUGGUGUUGGUCCGUUCACUACCAGAGCGCAGCAGACAGCUCAUUAUAAACACCACUGGCAUACACACAAUCUAAAAAGGAAGCUGUUUGGCCGGAAACCUAUUAGUCUUGGAGAAUAUACUGCUCGGCAAGAUGAAAGUUCCAAUGUAUCAGCCAGUGACUCUGAAGCUGAUGACAAUCCUGAUGCAGCAGCUACUGAACUAUUUGCAGCUGCUACCCGCCACUGCAAGGCAUUCUACUCCAACCCCAAGGGACAGGUGUUCUGUAUUUACCGCUGUUUGCUGCACCAUAGGAAGGAAGAAAUGUCACAUGACGGCGAGGGUCAUUUUUGGGCUCGUCGUCUAAAAGACCUCCUUAGUCCAGGUUUUGGACGUUGGGCUGUACUCAUGGUAUCUGGUGGUCACUUUGCUGGUUGCAUUUUCACUGGAGGCAGUGACGCAAUCCACAAAACGCUCCACUCGUACACCACACGACGAGGUCAAGGAAUGGCUCAGUCAACCAGGGAUCAAACUGGCAACGCACCAAAGUCAGCAGGCGCUAGCUUGAGGAGGUACAACCAGGAACAGUUUCUUGCGCACGUUCAAAAUAUUCUGGUGAGCUGGAAUGAUGACCUUAAAGGCUGUUCGCUGGUGUUUUACCGAGCUGUGGGGACGAUUAAUCAAGCUGCCCUCUUCGGAAAACCAUCGCCUUUGAGGAAAGAAGAUCCGAGAGUUAGACAACUGCCCUUCCCGACGCGGAGACCCUCUUUCAAAGAGGUGAAAAGGGUGUUCCAGACUUUGGCCAGUAUUGAAGUUUAUGAAUCAUUGCAAGACUUCCAGAAAGGGCUGUUAGCUCUCAAUGGCGGUAAAAUUCCAUCAAAAACCAACUCUGACAUUCAUGUCAAAAAAGCACAAAAAACUCCGUCAAAAACAUUUGACAGAGCCAAAUCUAGAGAACGUGCUCCUCGCGAGCUCCCCACCCAAGUGACUUCAAGCGAAGACGAAGGUCCUUGCUACAUUGACUCCGAAACACCAGCCAAUUGGAUUAAAACUCUAUCAGAACAAAGUAGUAACGGCAUCAUUACCAACUCACGGAAAGAUCUUCUUAACGACUGUGUGAUCACCAGCUGUGUAGAGUCAGAGAGUGAGAAAGAGAUAGUAGAGAAAAAAGAAGAGCCGAGAAGAAAGAAAAAAGGGAACAAGAAACCUGAUGAAAAGACUGCGCCUGUGAAAAAGGGACCUCCUAAGAUUCCUGCUAAUGUUAAGAAUAUGUGGAGAUCAAUUUUAGACAAAGACAACACUAGCCUAGAAACAAUUAUUGAAGCGUUCGAGGGUGACAUUCAAGCUGCUUGCAACACUCAGGAUCCUAUUGAUGGCAACACUGCAUUGCACAAAGCCGCCAUUGCUGCUAAACCAGAGAUGGUCACUCAGAUCCUGACAGCAGGCGGGGACCCUUGCAUCAAGAACCAUGACCUUCAGACUCCGUACGCGGCCACUCCACACGCUGACACUCGGAUCGCGUUCCGAAUGUUCCAAGCACAACAUCCCGAUAAAUACAACUAUUCCAAGUCCCAAAUUCCUGGUCCGGUUACUCCAGAGCAGUUAGAACAAGAGAAAGAGAGGAAAGCACAACAAAAGAAAGCGAAACGUCAGCGCGAGAAAGAGAGGCAAGCUGAUAAGAUGAAGGGGAACGCGUUCUUACUGCUGACUGACGACCAAAAGAGGAAAGUUCCAGUAGAAGAACAAAGGUGUUUCCUUUGCGGUACUCAGCUGCCCAAAGUACCAUUCGAGUACGACGGGUGCAAAUUCUGCCAGAUGCCUUGCCUACACAGCCAUCGGAAGAUCAGGCCGCUAAACAAAAGUGUUGAAUAAUACUAUUUUUAUAAUAUAUUAUAUGCAUAUUGAUUAGAUGACAAAUAAAUGCGGGUG